AUGACCAGAGCCGUUCCCACCAAGUACGCGGCCGUCGUCGUCGGAGCAGGCCCGGCUGGAGUGGCAGCGCUUGGAAAUCUCCUAGAAUUGGGCCUCAACAAAAUCGCCUGGAUCGACCCGUCUUUUGAUGGCGGCAAGAUCAACAAGAACUAUCGCGAGGUUCCCAGCAACACCAAAGUAUCAUUCUUCCAAACCUUUGCUACCGGUGUACAGCCGUUUCGCAGUGUGAUUCAAAAGACCCCGACUCCAAAUGCUUUUUCUGUCUUGAACAAACUCGACCAGGCCGAUACGUGCUCUCUGCACUAUGCCGCCGACUUGUGUCGCGCCUUGACAGACGGAAUGCUCAAGUUAGAUCAAGUCUCGCAAUACCGCGGCACUGUUGUUGCCGCUGAUCUGAAAGAGACAACGUCUAACUGGACCGUCGACAUCAAACUGCAAGACUCUUCAUCCUCGCAUAUCCAAGUGACCACAUCCAGAAUUAUCCUGUGCACAGGCUCAUCGCCAACCAACCCACCACUGCCAAUCUCCGGCACAUCUAUCGAGUCACUCGACCUAGACACAGUCCUCAAACCCAGCAUCCUCUACGACCACAUCCCCAAAAACCAACCCACCACCGUCGCCGUCAUCGGCGCAUCCCACAGCGCCAUUCUCGCCCUGAUGAACUUUGUCGACCUGGCACGCUCCUCCCACCCGAACCUACGCAUAAAAUGGUUCACGCGCCACCCGCUGCGAUACGCCGAGUUCAUGGACGGCUGGAUCCUGCGCGACAACACGGGUCUCAAGGGCCAAGCCGCACAAUUCGCGCGCGAACAGCUCGAAGAUGCAUGCCUGUCCAAAUCCGACGCUGGACGCUUCAUCCGGAAAAUCGACACCAGCAGCGGCAGGGAAGACGCCGCCUACAAAGCAGAACUGCCCGAAUGCACACAUAUCGUUCACGCCAUUGGGUACCAACGUAAUGCGCUGCCAUCCCUGACCCGAAACAAUAACAAAUCACCCCUCGGCGAGAUUGAAUGGGACUCGGAGUUUGGCGGCUUUGUCGAUCAGCAGAAUGAGGUGGUGCCGGGCUUGCAUGGUGCUGGUAUCGCUUUCCCCGAGAAAGUGGUUGACCCCAUGGGCAAUGUCGAGCAUGCUGUUGGGUUUUUUAAGUUUAUGAAGUUUUUGAAGAGGGUCACUCCGUCGUGGGUUUGA